AUGGGUUCCGACCAGAAGCCGGCGCUCGGCGCCGUGAUGGUCAUCGGCGGCUGCGGUUUCCUCGGCCAUCACGUCGUGCGUGUGCUGCUGCGCGACUACAGCUGCUCGUCCGUAUCGGUCAUCGACCUGCGGUGUACGCGCAACCGGCGGCCCGAUUCCGACGGCGUGGUCUACUUCGAUGCCGACAUCACCGACGCCGCCAAGCUCGAGACCAUCUUCUCGCAGGUCAAGCCCGAUGUGGUCGUCCACACCGCGUCGCCCCCCGCCCAGGGCGCUCACGUUUCGGACGCCCUGUUCAAGAAGGUCAACGUCGACGGCACCGCGGCCGUGAUCAAGGCGUGCCAGCAGACGGGCGUCACGGCCCUCGUGUACACGAGCUCGGCCAGUGUCAUCAGCGACAACCGCAGCGACCUGAUCAAUGCCGAUGAGCGGUGGCCCAUGAUCCGUGGCGAGGCCCAGAGCGAGUACUACUCCGAGACCAAGGCCGCUGCCGAAGUACUUGUUCUCGAAGCGAACCGCGCAGCCGAAUCCCCCAAGCUCCUGACCUGCGCCAUCCGGCCGUCCGGCAUCAUGGGCGAGGGCGACACCAUGGUCCUCCACCACAUGAUCGGCGUCUACCGCCAAGGACGCACUAACAUCCAAGUCGGUGACAACAACAACCUCUUCGACUUUACCUACGUCGAGAACGUCGCGCACGGCCACCUCCUCGCAGCGCGCGCUCUGGUCCUCACCGCCGCCGCCAAGACCAUCCCACUCGACAACGAAAAAAUCGACGGCGAGGCCUUCUUCAUCACCAACGACAGCCCCAUCUACUUCUGGGACUUUGCCCGCGCCAUCUGGGCCGCCGCGGGUUCUCCGCACGGCACCGAGCAUGUGCGCGUGCUCCCGCGUAGCGUGGGUCUAGUCCUGGGGUACUUUAGCGAGUGGUUCUUCUGGGCCAUCAACAAGCCGCCCACGUUCAACCGCCAGCGCAUCGUGUACAGCUGCAUGACGCGCUACUAUGACAUUUCCAAGGCUAAGCGGCGGUUGGGCUACAAGCCGCUGGUCACCCUGGAUGAGGGUAUCAAGAAGUCGGUCAAGUGGACGCUGGAGCAGGAAGCGGGUGUUGAUAAGAAGCAGUAG